AAGGUAUUAAUCAGAAUUUCAAAAAUUAUUGUUUAUUACUUUUUAAAUCCUUAAUAUUUUUCCAUUGCAUCUUAACCUCACCAUACAUUCACUCUUUCAUUAUCAUUCAUUCGAAUAACUUCUCCCUUUCACUUUAUACCUUCCCCUUAUCUCUUUCAUUAUCAUUUCUAACGCCCGAAACUGAACGUCCUCAAAAGUAUUUUUGAUUUAGCCUGCAGCUUGAUAAUUUUACAUCUUAAUAUUCAUAUAGGAGGGAAUACCACCAUUCAGACUAAACUACUGCGCUAUAAUAGUGCUUCCCAGCAAAUAAUUUCUAAGGUGGAAAAUGUUUUGUAUAAUCGCGGAACACCUUGUGGAUAAUUGUUAUUGCCUGUUUCAACCAGUUCUCUCAUGAAAACCCCGGGAAAACUAUCCGGGCGGAAGGGCUCUAACCUCAGGCGAAUACGUUCACAUAACGUUCUCUGUCCCGGGAAUUUCUCGAGGCUUUUCUGGGGAAAACCUCGACUCUUGAGUAGAAGCCGUAUAGUUGGUUUUCAACGCAGGGUAGGGCUGGAAGUAAGAGCUGACAAACCAGGUAAGCGUGCUGGAAGUCUAGAAGCUGGAACUGUGUGAGCUAGAAGCUAGAAUGGAGUUCUUAGUUGAGAAUACGAGGAACUUGACUGAGGACAAAUUCAUGGAACUGGAUCCAGAAACAACAAACAGUACACUAGGAAUAGGGCUGGACCUGAAUGACAAUGAAACAGAUUUCACUGAACUAUGUGGGAAAGCAGCGAAUUAUGAGGAAGUGAAUGAAUUCUACAGAUGGUGGAUUUUGGGUAUAGCAACGAGCCUGCUGGCACUUCUUGGCAUCAUUGGAAAUAUCAUCAGCUUACUCAUACUUUGUAGCAGGAGUAUGUCGAGCAUGUUCAACAAUCUGCUGGCCUGCCUAUGUGGAGCUGACAUACUCUUCCUGGUAACAAAUGUGCUGCUGGCUCCGGUCAACCUGGGACUAGCGUACAUAGAUACCGGGGUGUAUGGAUAUCUGUUCCCCUGGGUAGAAAGCUGCUCUCACUUCUCUCUCUCACUCUCCAUCUUCCUGAUAGUGAGCAUCACCGUAGAAAGAUACCAGGCAGUGUGUUACCCACACUACUAUCAGGUUCGAGCUCAGAACUCAGGGAAUUCAAGUCUCCUUCGACAUAUUAUACCAGGGGUAGUACUCUCGCUUAUCCUCAAUAUUACAAGGUUUUUAUCCAUUUCACCUCUUGGCCUUGAUCUCCAGAGUAUCCCUUCAUAUCUCAAGUUCCUACUUUUCUUUCAGAUUUUCCAUCCGUUCACUACUACAGGCAUAAUUCCACUAGUUCUCCUCACUACUCUCAACUACAAGGUGUACUCACAUAUGUCGAAAACAAGAUACUUCCACUCAAACCAGAGAAGAACAAAAGAUUUCAGCUUGGCAAAGGUUAUGACAGUGCUUGUUGUGGUCUUCCUUGGUCUGAAUGUUCCUCGCCUAUUUCUAAGUUUCAAGGAGGUUACAUCUAUUAGAACUGUGGAGAAAUGUUUGGAUAAUGGGAUAUUCUUCAAUAUCUCAGAAGAAACAUAUAUAGCUGACUUCAUUGCUCGACUGUGUGCUGUUCUCAAUUCCUCUAUAAACUUUAUAAUCUACUGCAUGUUUGGUACAGAGUUCAGGAAACAGCUCUUCUUAAAAUUUGGGAUUGGAAGCCUGGGCAGAAAUGGAUCUCGUCAUGGCCAGACACGUGUGCAAUCCCGGGAACCGUCGGAGGAUCAGUUCAACAUGCUUAAUCGUGAGAGGCAGGAUCAAGUAACUGUUGACGGUACCUCUGUUACUCGUCUCCAGGCCAGGGCAGAUAAACAAGUUAAUGGAAAAGAUGUAUAUCUGGUGACUGCUGAAACAACAGUUACUAAUACCUCACAAACCAACGGAAAUACCGCAAACAUCAACAUGAAUACAAAGACUCCACAAAGCCGUUGAUCCACGUGAGGCCGAACAUGUACAGCUUGUCCUCGGACCAACCAGAGGCCGAGGUUCAAGUUCUCAGCGGAGGCUGCGUAGAACAUGGUACACGGUACACAAAGCACAAUGGAACCCUGUUAGAAACCCAUCUGUAAAAACAGGACUAAUCAUCGUGAAAUAUCAUUGUUAUCGAUCUAUACAAUUUAGUUAACAAACACUCAUCUUUGAUGAUCAAUCUUCGCUUCGCUUACGACUAAAUAUCGAUAACGAUCAACUACAGUCAUCAAUCAAUCAAAGUUAACGAUUCAAAUUAUAAACAAAACAAGACAAGAAACGAGGAAAGAAGAAACGAACCAGCUGAACGGUGAUAAACUAUUAACAUUUAAAAACAUAUUUAUAAUUCUUCAAGCGGUAAUUGACUCAAACACUAAAAUCAAAUCAGAUAAAAUAUUUUUUUGGAGAAUAUGACAAUAAAAGAACAGAUUACAUACUAAAAAGCUAGAAAGCCCUCCCUAGUCCCGGGAUGAUAUUUUCUAAAAAAUCUGAAUAGUUUCUUGCCCAAAAUAAAGUAAAUGUUGUGAGGUUUUAAAUGGAAAAGAUAAAAAUGCUUGUGGCCGAGUCCAGUAUUUUAUGCUAGUCGAAUUAGAAAAAUCUAAUGGUUUUACUGAAGUAAAAAAGUGUUUUUUUUGAACAAUCAAAUAAAAUAAGUUGAUAAACUUUUUAAAUGUUUUCAACCGAGACGAAACCUUGAAACUUUUUACGUUAGGUUUGCGGUAUACUGCGGUAUUUCAAAUAUUGCCAGAAUCUUUAUUUAUAAAAACUUAAAGGAGUUGAGAACGAAAAUUUAAACCCUUUGUUUUCGCCUUGCUCCAUUUAUAGACGCACAAUGGGAACCAACACAUCUUAAUCUUUAAUUUUGCUUCCUAAAAGCACCCUAUUUUCAGCUAGAAAAAUAAGGAUUUCUUAGUUAUCCAGGACCAGAAAAAUUCACAAAUAAUAAAUAUGAAGUCAAGUUUCGCAUGAGAAUAUAUCGCAAAACGACAGUGGUUACAAAAAACCUUAUUGUGCCAAAUUUAAAAUGUUUAAAAAACUUAAUCAACAUAAACUCGAAUUGUUAGAUAAUUGUAUCAUGAUGCUGAAAACUAUGAAUUUUGGCAAGUCAAAGUUUAGGUUUAGGUAAAUAUAAGAACAUUAUAAUUUAUAUGCGAGUAACCAUUUCCUUUGUUUAAAUUGUAAUUGUACAAUUUAUUCUUCCAAGGAUAUACAUCAGAACAGAUUUUGUUUCAAUAAUUAUUCAUUCAGUUAGUUUAAUAAUUGAUUAUUAUACCAUUAAAUGGAGAGUACUUAUAA